GUCUGUCAUUGAACAUCACAAGAUGUUGGAGUAGCAGUUGGUGUAAUAGUUCUGCGUGGUUUUUCUGACAAAUAUCGUGUUCAUUCAUAUUAUACAGAGCCAAAAGAAUUGAUUUGGUGGUGAUAUUAAGUGCUAAGCAUAAAUUUACGCAAUUUUACUGAAAGAUUCGUGAGGAUAUUUUACAUUUGAGACCUUGUGGAUAGAAUUCUUAUUCAGUUAUUUGAGCCAAACUGUUCGCUUAUAGUUGUGUUUGCGUAAAAUAAAAAGUUAUAGGUCUAGUGAAAAAAAUACAACCAAUAAAUUACAGUCACAUAUUAUUUGACAUUUCCCACUAACAACAAAUAUAUGAAAUUCUAUUUGAUUUACACUGUUUUGAUAAUGAUACGUAUUUAUAUUUUUCGUUUUAUACGAUAAAAUAUUAUUUAUCACAUGUUUCUUAUGUUUAUGACAAUAUGAAGAAACGAUUAAAUUUUUAUACACAUAAGACUAGUUGAAAAUAAACAAAAAGAAUUUUUUCUCAUAUAUAAAACUAAAAAACCCUGAAAACAGUUUUCUUCGUUUGCAUAUGGCUAGUAGAACUUUUCUCACUGUCUCUAGAUUUCAGGCAAAGAAAAUGGAUUACUCAGCACAGUCAGAAUUAGACUGUUGGGUAAAUUAAAUUGUCUUUGUGUUCUGGUGUCUCUUUUGUUCACACAGGAAAUAACUGGUUGAUUCCAUUCAACUUCAUACGAAAAGAUGCAGAACAAUAUGCAGUUUUUCUGUAACAAAGGCCCUUCGAUUUGUGCAAGCAUUAUUUGUGAUAUGUGCAAGAGAAAGAUGAAAAUAAAGCGCAGCAAGUCUCUUUCUCCCGAGCCAUCUAGCAGCAGGGAAACAAAACGUGUAAAACUUGAAGAAUCUGCAGACUCAAAUGGAGUAACAUCAUCAAUAAACAUUCUGAGCUUUUCGGAUGAUGUUUUACUUAACAUAGUGAAAUAUUUACAUCCGCAAGAUCUCAUGGCAAUCAGUUUAUGUUGCCAACGAUUUGCACAACUAACGCAAGAUAGAACUUUGUGGAGAAGAGUAGAUUUUCGAGUCAAGCCCAUACUUCUAGAUGAUUUAAUUAAGUAUAUGAAGUUCUUGCAACCACUGACAUUGAGCUUGGCAAUUCGAGGCAAUUUAUCUUCUGGCACUUCUGCUCUUACACAAAAUUUCUUUGAUCAUGUGAGAACACAGUGUAAUCAACUCAAAGAAUUGAUUAUCGAAGAAUAUUACAUACAUGGAGAUAAGAUUCAAAUAACAGAUUUUCCAUGUACUAUUGAAAAGCUCUCAUUAAAGGGUUGCAAAAUGGAUUAUUUACAGAGUAAUAAGUCUUAUUUUUUCAAAAUGGACCUUCACAUGCCUAAUUUAACAUGCUUGAUUUUGACCAAAUGUAAUUGGUUUACACCACAUUCCUUACUGGUUAUUAGUAAAAUACCAAAACUUAAGGAACUUAGGCUGAACUCAUGUCAUCGUCUGGGGGAAUGUGUUGCGUAUGCUAGUCUAGCAACUAGAUUUGGAUUUAAAACAUUAGAGAUCUUAGAUUUGCGGGAUACUUCACUUGGAGAUAGCGAAGUUGGUUGUUUUAGUAGUACUAAAACUUUAACGCAUCUCUACCUGGAGUGUCCUACAUUAGGACAUGAAGAUCGAGAGUCCGAGAUUGUACAACAGCGACAGCAACGACAGCGGCAGCCUUUACCUAUACCCAUACCUAUACCUAUUUAUGAAGACCAUAAUCUAGCACAGUUUUAUAUAGAGGAUUUGGUCUCUUUCGAAGAUUUUGGAUUUCAACGAUGUUUAAUAUCGGACAGAGCAAUAUGUGCACUGGGAAGUGACACUGGCGACAGAAAAGUGAUAAAUAGUUCCCCGCAAGGAAUGGUAAUAUUACAAGAAGAUAGACGAAUAUGCAAUAAUCCAAACCUUAAAACAUUAGUUGUUAGAAAUUAUCCACGUGUAACAAAUUCGAGUCUUGUUCACUUGGCAUUGAACGCAUCAAAACUGGAGUAUUUGGACGUAACUGGUACUUCUGUUACAAGAGAAGGUGUUGAAUCUUUCAAAUCACAAAAAACUAAUGUCAAAGUUGUCUCCUCGUUUGACACGAGACAUAGUUAAGGUCAUGUGAAUUUGUGUUUAGUGAAUUAAGAAUUAGUGAAUAUUUAUUAUAUAUUUCGUGAGAGGAAAGUAUUAAUACUUUUAUACUUAACUGAAGUUACUUGCAUCUAGAAAAUAGUUGGAACAUCAGGUAUCCUUUAACAUCUUGAGAUAUGACAAGUAUCCAAAAGUAUUAAUAUUUUUAAUAAUAUUAAAAAUACAUAAAAAUAAAGCAGUAAUAUUAACACAAAAAUAGAUAAUAAUUGCAGAGCAUUAAAUCAACAAGACAUUGAGGCUAAAAUAAAUUCUACACAGUAAAAAGUAAAACUUUUAAACGUUUACUGUGCAAUUAUCAUCGUAUUAUAUUUAUUAUUGCGCUAAUAUUACUUUAUUUUUAUUUAUUUUUACUAUUAUUAUUACUUUUAGUCUUUUUUUCUUGCUUUUUUUUACUAUAUUUACAUUACUCAUAUCACAUCAUUCUGAUCUGAAUAUAAUUUUCCAUUUUGUAUCGCCAGAGCUUUGAUUAACAGAUAAAUAAUUGAUUAAAUACAUGAAUAAUAAUAUGUUAUCACGGAAUACGAUAUCUAUGACUUGAUUUAUGCACGAUUAAUAAGCAUAUAUAUAAAACAAUAUAUGUAAUAUAUCUAUAUUUAAUGAUACGAGUGUAUAUGCCUAUGUACACAUAUAUGUGGUAUAUUAUAUUACUUUUCCAGUUAAGUCUUCAAAUUAUUAUUAUACAUACAAAAUUGGAUUGUGUGUUAAAUAUACUAGAUUCUUGUGAAUAUAUAUAAAAACGGAAGAGUAUACGCACACGCAUAUGAAAUCAGCAUUUAAAGGAUUGAUUUUAAACACGAUAAUAGUAUAUUAAGUCGAUUUUUACAUUUUGAUAUUAUAUUACCAUUGUGCAAUGUCAUAAAUUAAACUCCACUACAACUAACACUUUAAUCCAUAUUUUUUACGAGUAUAACUUUAUUGCCGAUAUCCAUAAAAUAUGAAAUAUUGUAGCCCUGUGUAUGACUAAAAAUAAGAACAAAUGUAUCAAUUUAUAUUUCAUCAAGUUACUGGCUUAUAUUUCUAAUGGAGUUAAU